UCCAGCUGGUAAGCCUGCUGCUGAUUGGCAUUGCAGCAUGGGGCAUCGGCUUCGGCCUCAUCUCUAGCUUCAGAGUUGUCGGAGUGGCCAUUGCAGUAGGAAUCUUCCUCUUCCUCAUUGCCUUAGUUGGACUGAUUGGUGCGGUGAAACAUCAUCAAGUAUUGCUGUUCUUUUACAUGAUUAUUCUUUUGCUAGUCUUUAUUGUCCAGUUUUCUGUCUCCUGUGCCUGUUUGGCACUAAACAAGGAACAGCAGAGUCAGCUUCUAGAGGUGGGAUGGAACAACACUAACAGCGCGAGAACAGAUAUUGAGAGAAAUCUGAAUUGUUGUGGAUUCAGAGUUUUUGAUCCGAAUGAAACCUGCUCCUCUGAUUGUUUUAGAAGUCGCCAGUGUCAACCAUGUGCACCAAUAAUAGAAGAAUAUUCUGGGAUGGUGCUGAGAUUUGUUGGAGGCAUAGGACUCUUCUUCAGUUUCACAGAGAUCCUGGGAGUCUGGCUGACAUACAGAUACAGGAACCAAAAGGAUCCCCGUGCAAACCCUAGUGCAUUUCUUUGAUAAGUUUAUAAAGGACUGAAUCUUCUCUCUGCACCCUCUACUUCAAAAUACUGAUUCUCCGUAGUUUGGUAUUUCUCCUUCAUAGAGAUUCUUCAUGUACCCAAAAACCCCCUUUAAUUUCCGUAAGAAAUCCGUAGUUUUCCUAUUUAAUUUUCCCCUAUUUUUCUUCGAAGAAUCUCUGUCUUGAAGUAGACUGGUGCAGUCAGUAGCUGGGCAGCGUCAGACGGCUGCUCUGAGCUGGUUAAAUAACUCUGUUAGGGCUUUGGUAAUUGAUGUGGUGAACUCUAUACAGGGAGUUCUAUAGCACUACUGGCUUCUCCAAAAAAAAAACCCAAAAGUAUUUCCUGCUAUAUUCAUUGAUUACAAAAAUUCACAUGGUUUCUCAUUAAAAUGA